ACAAGUUCCUCAAUUAAGUUAUAUUAUUGAUUAUUGAUGGGGAUAUAAUUUUCUCUCUCUUCUCUAUAUAUUUCUAUAUAGCCAAACAAAGCUACAUUAUAAUACAAAGAGGACAUACCCUUAAGAGAAACUACAAAGCACUUUUAGUUUCAUAGAGAAAGGAAAAGUAAAAAAGAGUGUUUAUUAUUUCUUUUCAAAGAAAUAUUUCUGCUGAGGUUUGGAUUUCAUUGAGAAGCCAAAAAUGGCUACUAUGAUUGGGAAAGAUAAUGAUUUGAGCUUGAAGACUGAGCUUUGUCUUGGUUUGCCUGGUGGUGGUGGCGGUGGCGGCUCUGAGCAGGUUGAAACUCCAAGGGCUUCUGCAAAGAGGGGGUUCUCUGAGACUAUUGAUCUGAAGCUCAAUCUUCAAACCAAAGAAGAUCUGAAUGGGAAUAUCAAGAAUGCUUCAAAGGACAAGAGCCUCCUUAAGGACCCUUCUAAGCCACCAGCUAAGGCUCAAGUAGUUGGUUGGCCACCAGUGAGGUCAUACAGGAAGAACAUGAUGGCACAAAAGGUUAACAAUAUUAGUGAAGAUGGCAAUAAUGAGAAGACAACAAGCAGCACUACUUCUGGUGCAUUUGUUAAGGUUUCUAUGGAUGGGGCACCUUACCUUCGUAAGGUUGACUUAACAAUGUACAAAACCUACAAAGAUUUAUCUGAUGCCUUAGCCAAAAUGUUCAGCUCCUUCACCACUGGUAACUAUGGGGCCCAAGGAAUGAUAGACUUCAUGAAUGAGAGCAAGUUGAUGGAUCUUCUUAACAGCUCUGAGUAUGUGCCAACCUAUGAAGAUAAGGAUGGAGACUGGAUGCUCGUGGGAGAUGUCCCUUGGGAGAUGUUUGUUGGAUCAUGCAAGCGUCUUCGCAUAAUGAAAGGAUCAGAAGCAAUUGGGCUUGCACCAAGAGCAAUGGAGAAAUGCAAAAACCGAAGCUGAAUUUGGUCUAAAUACAUAUCCUAUAUCAAAGUCCCAUACCAAAGUGGACCUAUAAGAAAAGAUAUAUGAAAGCUAGCACUACCUUUGGAUUGGAGUGUUUUUAUUUUGGAUGUGUCUUAAGUGUUUUUUGUUUUGUUCGUAUAUAGAUUCAACUUUUAAUUUUAAGUAUUUGUAAUCAACAUGAAGCAAUAAACUUAACCACCUAUAUACACUAUUAUUAUAGUUUGCCUUGUUUAAUUAUUACGACUAUUAUGUGAUUGCUUCCUUGGUGUCA